AUGAGCGACAAUCAACCCCGCCGCGGCCGCCGCGGCCCUGUGGUCACCGAUCGCGAGGAAUACUAUGUUCCGUACGCUAGCUAUGCGACCAAUUCUGCCGCGCCAAACCCGCAACCGCAGUAUAUUCCAACUCAGUUUCCGCCGGUACCUCAGGUUCAGGUUCUAUCAGGGCCUCAAUAUCCAUCUGGACCUCAGCUUCCACCGGGAGCCGUGGGAUACGUCCCUCCUUUGGCGAACCAGUGUCCCCCGCAGAGCGCUGUUGCCUACCCCGAGUGCCUGUUCGGAACGAUUCCGACGCCUUACACCAGCUUUCCUCGUGCGACAAGUGCACCCCAGCGCUGGGAACAAUUCGACAGUAUUGACUACAAUCCUUCUGCUCCCAAGCGCAAGACUAUCCAGUUCACCACUCCCCCGACUUCGUUUUCACGGGUUUCUACCCCAGACUACGAGCAAGAGUCCGACAAGGAGCCUGCCUACUCUCCGCCAAAGAAUGCGAACGGUUCUCCGAUCCCUCCGCCCCAGAAGGGCUUGAGCACAUUUCAUGCCACCACCCCUGAAGUUCCCAAACCUCCGCCUCCCAGCCCGGAAACUUUCCGUAUCCCCAUCAAGUCGCUCAAGUUGGACAAUCUACCCUCAUCGGCUUCGAUUGGCUAUCCUGCACCGGGUGAUAAGAGCGCCGCGUGCCAGCUCUGCGACUGGCACGAUCACACUGCUAAGACCUGUCCGCUGAACUCCGACAAGAAGGACAACCAGAAGGACAACAAGCAGCCUAGUGCUGAGGCUGUCUUCACCAGCAAGGAACAGAACGAGUACCAGGACCUUGCUCGCAAGGUCAGCCACAUCAUCCAGAAUGUCGUUCCUGAUUCCAAUCAGCCGCCCGCCACCAAUGAGACCAUGAUUCAGCACAUCAUGAAGUGCUUGUCCAGUCAUCCAGGCAACCCCGAGUACGUCCACAAGCAGCUGGGCAAGGAUGAAUACCAGGGUCAGUGGCUUUGCAUCAAGGCGAUGUGCGACAACAAGUGGGAGGGCCCAGUGUCGAUGGCAACCCGAGACAUCGAUUGCAAGUACUGCAAGAAGAAUCUCUCUGGUGAUCCGGUCACUCUUUGCUAUCAGAUCAAGCCCAGGCACGGCCGGGUCGCCCUGUAUCGGGAAGUUGGUACCUUGAGGGUUUAA